CCGCGCGUGGUAUCGUCUCCAUGGCGACGCGGCGUCUAAGGUUCCACGCUCCGACACCCGCGCAAACCCUAGCGGGGCUGGCCUUUGGUGACUGCCCUGCAGGGGAUCGGCGUGAGAGGGCCACAAGCGGAUGGAGGAACUGAGGCCUAAAGAAGUUCAGUAACUUACCCAAACUUACCUGGCACGUGACAGAACUGGAAGGUGAAUCCAGUCUCUUCACUCAAGAGCCCCAACUUUUUGGCCCUGAAUUUUGUAUUCCAGAAAUCCCUCGACACUCUAUAAAAGUGUUUUCCAUAACAUGAAUGAACUGGAAUGUGGCAGAUGGUUUAGAUUACAUCUUGUUUUGUCUUGUUGAAGUGGAGGAGAAAAGAGGUGGUGUACAAGUGAGCCAAGCUGAAUUUAUGAUUUUUAGGGUCAGCUCAGUGGGAAAGGCACCAAAAUAUAUACAGAAUGGCAGAUUGUUAGAGUUUGAUUCAAAGGAAAAAGUGAUGAUUGAACCAAAUGAAACAAUGUCAGAUAAAUGCCUCUUUGGACGAAGACCAGGAUUGGCCAGCAAACUUUAUACAUCAGCAAUACAAGUUUCUCUAAAUGUAGUCAAGACAUUCUUAGAAAAGAAGGAAGUCUCUUCAAAAAAUAUCGAAAAUAAAGUCUCUUUAAAGGAUACUGAAAAUAGAGUAUCUUCAAAGAGUAUUGAAAAUAAAGAUACAGAGACAAAUCUACAGUCGAAACUAUGGUCAUCUUCCUUCUUAAAAGAAAGCACAGGUGAGGUGAGCAAAGAUACAGUCAUUGCACAGCAGGACAAAAAUAAUAAAUAUUGCCUUCAGGAUAUUGAUGAUAAGUUGUCCGAAACAACAGAUAAUGAUGGUGAAGAUGACACCAAUGAUGAAGAUAAUGAUGAAGACAGUAACCCAAAUAAGUAUACUCGUGCCCCAUUAGAGUUAAUGGCAGAAUUCCUGAGAGCAGAAAUGAGCCACGACUACCAUUUGGCAAAAAAAUUAUGUCAGAUGAUCCUAAUCUAUGAACCAGAAAAUCCUGAGGCCAAGGAGUUUUUCUCACUUAUUGAAGAAAUGUUGCUGAUGGAGAAAACUCAAAAUCUUGAGGAAGAUGAUCAAGAUAGUGAAGAAGACAGUAGCAGUAAGAGUAAAGGAGAAAGUGAGGAGCUAAGUGAAGAAAGCUCUGAUGAAUGUGAAGACGGGUGAUAAAAGGUGCUACUAUGGUUUAAUCGUUGUGUAUUUUUAUGACUGGAAAUAAAGAAG